AUGAAGUGCUCGGGUGUCCUCUCGCCGCUGUUGCUGCUGCUGCUUGGAGCUCUGACGAAUGGGCUUUCCAUCCGACCGCGCCGGGACCUGCUGGAAAUGGGCAAGGCCGUCCUGCUGGAAGGGGUCUCCAAGGUGAAGGAAGCGUUCGACCAUGGCGUCAGCAUGAAAUCGGAAGGAAAGCGUUCCGUCGAUCUGUUCGGGCUCAAGUUCGGUGCUGACACCGGAGUAAACACUGGCUUUGGAGAUGCGGCCAACGGGGGCGCGUCGGAGAACAACGACGAUCUGGUACGCCGCAAGCGGGCACUCGAUAUCCAGAAGCUCGCCCAGGUCGCUAGCCUGCUGCCGCAGACACCGUUCGGUACGAACGUCAACAUCGUCAAGGUGAGCUCGGUCUCGAAUGUGAACAAUUUCGGCGAGCUACCACCGGCUGAGGCCCCGGCACCGGUGGCCCCGGAGGCAGCGAGGCGUAAAAGAACGCCCGAUCUGGUGCAGUUGACCAACUUCGAGAAGAAAUCGUUCGCGGUCGAUAGUGUGAUUGGUGCCGAUAAUACGAUGAGGACACACGAAUCGCUUGGGGCGGCUAAGGGCUCGAUCCGCACCUUGGUCACGGAUCGGCGAAGGAGUAAGCGUGAACCGCAGUCGGAUGGAACGACCGGGGACGACCAGGAGAGCUCCUCCAAUGGCCCACCGAAGGGCGGUCCAAGGGGUUCCAGGGGUCCCGGAGGUCCACGUGGGCCACCACCCGGCGGAUGUCGCGGUGGUCCCCCACCGGGUGAGGAUGGUGCUUCAACGACAGCGACGACAUCGGCCGCGCGUCGCAAACGUGAGACGAUCGAGUUGUCGGUGGAGCUGAAUCGAGAUAAGCGAUCCCCUAAGGGAGGCAAGUCCGCAUCCUGUCGCGGUGGUGGUGGUGGAGGUCCUGGAGGUCCCACGACGGAGGCUCAGGCCGCACGUCGUAAGCGUGACGAUCACCCCAACAGUAGCGACUACAGCGACGACAGCGAGUCUACUGAGUCGAAGGAACGGAAGGAACGCUCCAUUCUCCCAAGUCUGGAAGAGCACCGACGAUCCCGACGUCAAGCGUUCGGUGGGGAAGCUGCCGGAAAUGUUGGCAGUUGGUUCGAACAGCUGGCCGGCGUGUUUGUCGAUACCGUGAAGAAGGUGGUGGCCGUAACGAAGAACGCAUUUGAUCGGGGAGGCCAACGACAGUCGUAAGAGCUAAAAAAUCAGGGUAACCCUAGGCAAAAUGUUCCUUUUCGUUGUGUAAUGUUUGU